AGGGGCUGUGGGACAACAUGAGCUGUUGGCCCUCCUCUUUGCCGGGACAGACUGUGGAAUUGGAGUGCCCACGAUUCCUCCGGAUGCUCACAAGCAGAAAUGGUUCCAUGUUCCGAAACUGCACACAGGACGGCUGGUCGGAAACCUUCCCCAGGGCUGACCUGGCCUGUGGAGUUAACGUGAAUGACUCUUCCAAUGAGAAGCGGCACGCGUACCUGCUGAAGCUGAAGGUCAUGUACACCGUGGGCUACAGCUCCUCCCUGGUGAUGCUCCUGGUGGCCCUCAGCAUCCUGUGUGCUUUCAGGAGGCUCCACUGCACCCGCAACUAUAUCCACAUGCACCUGUUCGUGUCGUUCAUCCUGCGCGCGCUGUCCAACUUCAUCAAGGACGCUGUGCUCUUCUCCUCGGUCGAUGUCACCCACUGCGAUGCCCACAGGGUGGGCUGCAAGCUGGUCAUGGUCUUCUUCCAGUACUGCAUCAUGGCCAACUACUCCUGGUUGCUGGUGGAAGGCCUCUACCUUCACACACUCCUCGUCAUCUCCUUCUUCUCAGAAAGGAAGUACCUCCAGGGAUUUGUUGCCCUCGGAUGGGGUUCUCCAGCCGUUUUUGUUGCUUCGUGGGCUAUCACCAGGCACUUUCUGGAAGACAUUGGGUGCUGGGAUAUCAACACCAAUGCAACCAUCUGGUGGGUCAUUCGAGGGCCUGUGAUCCUCUCCAUCCUGAUUAAUUUCAUCCUUUUUAUAAACAUUCUAAGAAUGCUGAUGAGAAAACUUAGAAGCCAAGAAACAAGAGGAAAUGAAGUGAACCAUUACAAGCGUCUGGCUAAGUCCACCCUCCUGCUGAUCCCCCUCUUUGGUAUCCACUACAUUGUCUUCGCCUUCUCUCCAGAGGACGCCAUGGAGAUUCAACUGUUUUUUGAAUUGGCCCUUGGCUCAUUCCAGGGACUAGUGGUGGCCGUCCUCUACUGUUUCCUCAAUGGGGAGGUGCAGCUGGAAGUUCAGAAGAAGUGGCAGCAGUGGCACCUCCGUGAGUCCCUGCUGUGCCCUGUGGCCCUCAGCUCCUCCUUCAGCAACAGAACCAAGGCCAGCCCCUUGGAGCAGAGCCAGGGCACCUGCAGGGCCAGUGUCAUCUGAUGGAUCCUGAGAGGCUGGACACUGCUGCAGGACAGCCAUCUUCCCAGAAGACAUCCUGUGCUCUCCCCUGUGGCUGAUAACGCCUCUCCCCCAGGCCUUAGAUUCCUCAGAACUGAACAGAAGGGACUUGGGGCACCAUGGGGCGGGAUGAAGGCCUGGGAAUUGGGUCUGUUGUGCUCUUCUGGGAAGAGCAGUUCAGGAUCCCAGGAGAGGGCAGGAAAAUAAAUGGUACCUGGGACAAGG